ACAAGUGCUCUCUGUUUCAGCCGCCAAGGUCUGAACCGCUAGCAUCACGCAAUACAGACUCGUGCAGCAAUUCGGGCUUUUACCUUUGACUUAUAGAGUCGUUUUCAGCUGCUGUUAUAUUCCACUAAGUUAUAAGACUGGCCCCGCUUCAGUACAGCCUGUAUUCCCAAUGUCUAAGGACAUGGAAGAUGUUACGCAGUCUGGAAGUGCAGACAUUGAAGCAGAGGAGGACAGCAGCGAAACACACUGUUUGGGUGAACAGAAAGAAUCAUCACAUGGAGGUGGAAGCCAGGUGGACAGCAGCCCAACCCUGUGUGAGGAUGAACAACUUCCUACAGAACAACACGUGAGACUAAUCAACAAAGAUCUCAUUCUACCUCCGCAUUUCUCCAGUGGGGUCUUUGUUACCCAGUCUGAUGGGGAAGCGCUGCCCAUCUGCACCCCUCCUCAGUUAAGCAGGACUGAUCUGACUCCUGUGGCUCAUAGCAGUUUUCCACUUUGUCUCAGUAACGGCCAUGGUCAUGAGAAAAAAAGGCUGCACUCAACCUCCACUCAGAAAAGUCAGCACAGCUUAAAGUCCACAGCUUCUCAAAUCCAGCAGGUAGCUGGCAAUGAUUGCUGUGUGCACUGCAUCCUCGCCUGCCUGUUUUGUGAGCUGGUGUCAUUCUGCUCUGUGCUCAUUCAAUGCUUGGCCUGUGGAGGGGGCUGUGGUGGGACCUGCUGCUGCUCAGCUGCACUUAAGGCUGGAGGGGUCUGUGGAGGAAGCGAGACAGGUUGCCCUACCACCUUUGAAUGUGGGAUGCUAGAGGAAUGUUGCGAGUCCUCUGAUUGCUUGGAAAUCUGCUUGGAUUGUUGUUCUAUUUGUUUCCCUGCCUGAUGACUAUUAUCAAGAAGGUCACCAGAAAGAGUUUCUGAUGCAGCUUGGUCAUGCUGACUUCUCGAGGAUAUCAAGUUUCCAAAGAAAUCACUUUGCUUCCAAGCAGCGUCUUCACCACUUUCUAUAAAGACAGGAAGGUCUUGAUGAUUUCUGAAAAGUGAAUUCCAAACAUACUGACAUGAGGAGUGAUCUACUAGUUCUCAUAAAGAAACUGUGGCCAUCGUGUUUUCUAAACUGGCUUAUGAACUAGAUGGUCGAGUAGCCUAACAUCUUUGCAAGAAUCUUAAAGACAUACAGAUAAACUUACAGAGUAACAAGAUGACUCAGAAGACUUCAUGAAGAGCAAAGAGGUCUUUAAAUGUUCAGCUGUUCUAAAAGGUGCUUGGAGGAGGUCUCUGUGCAUGCCAAAAUUCCUCUUGCCUUUUUUGUAAAUUGCUUCCACUAAAGGCACUCCUUUGCCUUUAUGUAAGGCUGAUUUUUCCACCAUUGGGGCACACAUGCCAUGUUAGGUGAUGUAUCUUCAAUUAUUGUUCUAUAUGCAAAAGAAUUUUGAAUUCUAACAAAAUUAAAUAAUUGUUUUGUCAACUCAUCUAUUCUUA